CGACCACCAAUCCAUUCUCCUCCACACCGCCCGCGCCAAACAGCUAUGGCUCCUUCUUCUUCUUCUUCUUCUUGGAUUCCAACCCGAACCACACUCCGACGGAGAACCCAGGCUCCGAAACCCUCUUCCGCGCCCGCACUUGAUGCCGCCGACGACGCUUCCUCUUCCGACGAAGAAUACGACGAUGUGUGCUGCCAAGAAUGUGGAUCCGGAAAGUCGCCGGCUAAGCUGCUCCUUUGCGACAAAUGCGAUAGAGGGUACCAUCUAUUCUGUCUCCGGCCCAUCCUCGUCGCCGUUCCUAAAGGAUCCUGGUUCUGCCCUUGUUGCUCCUCAAAACAAAACAAGCUGAAAUCUUUCCCUCUGGUGCAAACCAAAAUCAUCGAUUUCUUCCGUAUUCAAAGAGCUCCAGGCCCAGUCCAGAGUGAACUAAGUCAAGGUAAAUCCUUAGUUGUGAAUUCACAAAGAAAACGGAAAAGGUCAGGGAGUUUGGUUAUGUCGAAGAAGAAAAGAAAAUUGUUGCCUUUCAAUCCAAGCGAGGAUCCUGAGAGAAGGUUAGAGCAAAUGAGAUCAUUAGCAACUGCAUUGAUAGCCUCAGGAACCCAGUUCAGGGAUGAGCUCACUUAUCAGCCCGGUGGGGCUCCUCGCUCUGCCAAUCGUGCUGCCUUAGAGAAGGGAGGAAUGCAGGUUUUGUCAAAGCAAGAUGCCGAAACCUUGAACAUGUGCAAGCGGAUGAUGGAUAGAGGGGAAUGCCCACCUCUAAUGGUCGUCUUCGAUCCUACAGAAGGGUUCACAGUGGAGGCUGAUAGAUUCAUCAAGGACUGGACUAUUGUGACAGAAUAUGUUGGAGAUGUAGACUACUUGAAAAACCGGGAAGAUGACGGUGGAGAUAGCAUGAUGACACUUCUCUCAGCUGCUGAUCAUUCAAAAAGCCUCGUGAUAUGCCCUUACAAGCAUGGAAAUAUAGCAAGGUUCAUCAAUGGCAUCAACAACCAUACGCCGGAAGGGAGGAGGAAGCAGAACCUGAAAUGUGUGAGGUAUUCUGUUAAUGGCGAGUGCCGGGUGCUGCUGAUUGCUAACAGAGAUAUACCAAAGGGAGAGAGGUUGUAUUAUGAUUACAAUGGAGAUGAAUACGAAUAUCCAACCGAGCAUUUUGUUUAAGAGAGAUCUCCUUCACAAGUUAGAACUCGCAAUGUUGAAGUACUGACUUUCACAGCCAAUGAUGUCAGAAGUUACAUCUCCAAAAUCCUAAAUGUAUACAUCCAGCAGUCCACUACUGUCCAACUAACCACAGCAAUCAAACUUGCCUGAGCUUAAUCCUUUUCAUUAACACCUAUUUUUCUCCCACAGUCAUGCAUUAGUUAUCAUGCCAGGGGCAGAAUCCAAAGUCUGCCUCUUUUUCCUGUUGUAUGCCUUUGGUGCCCACUUCAUGAAAAAAUUCUUCCUUUGAUGUGCUGCUGCAAAUUCAUCUGUAACUCAUGUAGCAGUCCUCACCAAUUUGUGAUCUUGAAGUUCACCAUCUACCAUUGCUCAUGAUUUCUUUCCUUCUGCCAGGCUCACCCUUAUGGGUACCCCUAUUUCCAGUCCAUUAAGAGCUUCAAGAGCUGUUUCCAUACCUGAUUUGGUGGUGUAGCAAACGAAUCCAUACCACCUCCCGGUCUCCCCAUCGUACAGCACUCUGAUGCCAACUAGAUUGCCAUAAGGUUUGAAAGCUCCUGUCAAGCUCUCUGACGUGACGGACCACGAUAAGUUACCAACAAGUAGCUUGUGUUCUGUCUCUGGGUGAGGUUUGUCUGAAAAGUUCACUCUCAAGAUCCUACCCAUGUAUUGCUGCAGAAAAUGAUACAAAAUAUAAACCGUACAAGCAUCGUUGAUCUCUCAAGUGCAAGAUCGGGGAUCGUUCGCUUAGGCCGUCAUGUUUUAGAGUUGAAUCAUCAAAUACUUGCUAAGUUACACAAUCGAUGAAGGAUAGGACAUUUAUAGCGAUAGUAGCCCUACAAAAGUACAAAUACAAUGCAGUGGAGAUUUGGAACAACUGAGAAUGCAGUAAGCUCAUUAGAUGGAUUAUUGAUUUGCUUACUUUUCCGUCAAGGUUCUGGAUCACUGCACUACAGUCGUCAGUACUGCUCAUAGUCACGAAAGCAAAUCCGCUGCCUCCUCUUGAGCUACGGCCACCGCAUAUACCUUCUUGGGCAACCGCCACAAUGCUGAUGCAGCAAUGGGAAGAGGAUCUCCACCGCAGGGGUGCAGCAGACAGAAGUAGACGAAUUGGGGUUGGCAGUCUGAGGAGAGAGUCCGUGGUUGGCGGGAGCAGCCUGUUGUUUUGGAUGCAUUUGAGGAUGUUGAUGGAUGGGAAGAGAGAUGAACGCACGGCUGCAGCAGCAGUUGCAGCAGGUGACGCGGCAAGAUUGUCUCCAUUUAUAUGGAUAAGGUGGGUUCAACCUGGAUUUUCAGUCUG